AUGAUGCUGCGUGCGUGUUUGCGCCAUCGGAGACAUUUGUCGACGGCGUCAACCGUGUCGCCACCAGCAGCAUUAGAGCGUUUUCGAGAUGUAGCAAACUUUAAGCACUAUCCGCAUUUCUUUCCUAUUAUCAUGUCGUUGCGGGAGUAUCAACACAAGUUUAAGACGUUGGAGCCCAAAGCUCGUUGUCCAAAUGUAGCAGUGGCCUUAGCUGGACGAGUGGUUGCAAUUCGUCAUGCCAGUAAAAAUCUCGUUUUUAUCGAUUUACAAAGCGAUGGCCAUACGGUGCAAGUGCUUUCCGAGGUGAAACACUUUCAAGGAAGUAAAGAUGAAGGUGGAGAAGAUACAGAGAGUAUUAAAAAAGAGUUUCUUGCCGUGCACGAGAGUUUACGUCGAGGUGAUAUUAUUGGUGUAAAGGGAUUUCCUGGCAAAUCUGGAAAAGGAGAGCUGAGUAUCAUUCCUAAGCAAUUGGAAGUAUUGGCGCCUUGUAUUCAGCCUUUUCCAAAUAGCAAAUAUGGCAUCAAAGAGCCGGAGAUUCGGUUUCGCAAGAAAUAUCUUGACCUGUUGACAAAUCCAGAAGUGCGACCGAUUUUUCACACGCGUGCAAAAGUUAUUCAAGGCAUUCGACGAUAUCUUGAAGAUCGGGACUUUAUAGAGGUGGAGACACCAAUGCUGUACGCAGCAGCAGGAGGUGCGGCUGCACAGCCUUUUGUAACAAAUUCUCGCGCUCUGGGCAAGGAUUUGUACCUGCGCAUUGCUCCCGAGCUAUUUCUAAAGCAACUCGUGAUUGGUGGCUUCGACCGUGUAUUCGAAAUUGGCAAGGUGUUUCGAAAUGAAGGCAUUGACGCGACGCACAAUCCAGAGUUUACCAUGUGUGAGUUUUACCAGGCUUACGCAGAUUAUAACAUGCUAAUGGAUACGGCACAAGAGAUGAUUUCGAGUAUUGUCAAAGAUGUGACGGGAUCGUUCAAAAUUCAGUAUCCUUUGGAUGAGGUCAAUGAAGGAGCUUGCAAUGCUAUCGUAGAGAUCGAUUUCACACCACCUUUCAAACGACUUUCGAUCCUUGAAACUCUUGAGGAUUGUAUUGGUGAAAAGCUCCCAGACGUCAAUUCUUCAGAUUCAAUCCCAGCACUGUUGGAGCUGUGCAAGCGCCAUAACGUGGAGUGUGCCAAGCCACACACAUGCACGCGUCUCAUGGACAAGUUAAUUGGACAUUUUAUUGAACCCAAGUGUAUCAAUCCGACGUUUCUUUAUGACCAUCCUACUUGCAUGAGCCCACUCGCUAAAGCGCAUCGCAACAAAGAGAACGUUACGGAACGCUUUGAGCUUUUUGUAGCGGGAAAAGAAUUGUGCAAUGCCUAUACGGAAUUAAAUGAUCCAUCUGAUCAGCGCCAGCGGUUUGCAGCGCAACAAGUGGAUCAGCAACGCGGUGACAAUGAAGCACACCAAAAAGAUGAUGAGUUUUGCACAGCGCUCGAGUAUGGCUUGCCACCAACUGGAGGGUUUGGAAUUGGCGUUGACCGCUUGGUCAUGCUGCUUUCAGGCAAGCUGCAUAUUCGGGAGGUGAUUUUGUUUCCAGCCAUGAAACCAAAACUCGACAUUCCAUAUUCCGAUCGCAUGCCGAAAGCAGCUCCUUGA